GGAAGCUCUCCGCACGACGACGUUGGACGAUCCCCCCAAGAGCUUUUCAAAGCGCGCGCAAACCGGAGGUCAGGCACUCUGCUCAUAUGCACUGGGCUCUUGUCUGCGCAUUUCGAACUUGCACGACAAUGCGCCAUUACUAAAAACCCGCCCACCAUGUCCGAAGCCUAUCUUCUAGAGACCCUGCAGUCCUUCUAUGGCGAUCUAAUCGCAAUAGGCGAGGGGCGCCUCCAUGGCCCGUCUCUGGAGGGAGACGAGCUAACCGCUCUCCUCGAAAACUUCAAAAACUUUCUUGAGGAGCCACCAAAGCGAGAAGCCAGCCGAAAACAACUUGAGACUGGCAAAAUUAACGUGGGAGACGUUGAAUACUCGGUCAAUAAGGAGUUCCAGGAAUAUAGCAUACAACUCGCAGAUGAGGUUAACCUGGAUGAGGUUGAGGCGGCCAAGCUGCUCCUCGAGGCGCAAGACAGCCAGAUCCUCUUGGGAAGGUCACUAGUCGAGUGCGCGCUCAUUCGGUUUCAUCAACGACGAAAAUACCUCUUAGAUUGUAUACGACUAUGUAUCGAGCUUGCGAACGACGACGAGAACGAAUCGAUAAAGGCGGUCUUUGAAGAAAUCGUUGCACGAUAUGUUUUUGACCUGCCGUUGCCAGGUGCUCCGGCCGCGGGGGUACCCAAGGAAAAGAAGAUAGUGCCGCGGUGUAUGGCAGCAAUGGCUAAGAUCAAGGACUGGCUCGAAAAGCUUGCCAACAAGAUCAUGCUGGCAAGAAUGCACAGCGGCACGGCUCCUCCUGAGAUCGAGACCAUCGAGUUUUGCCGCUUGAGUCUAGUACAGCAACACGAGAACCUCGCCGUAAUUCUAUGCGCUGCGGUUGAGCAGCGUCAUGUAGAACGCACAAACUUUGAGGAGUUUGUCCAACUGCUGAAGAAGGCCGACAAAUACGACCACCUCUUAGUGCAUCUUUUCCCCGUCAUUGGAGCCUACAUUCGUCUGUAUGGCUCGACUGAGGGCUGGGGGGACCUGGUCGUUGCCAGGUCCCUGAACCAGAAAAUUGUCAAUGACGAGACGUCUUGGGCCUUGCCAUUUCUGUAUGCCGCUGUUAAGGUCUGGUGGAUUGCAGAGUACAGCGGCUUUUACGUCGAGGGUCCUGUUUCGGAUCACAGCAUUGACAUCGACAAAGAGGAUAAGGAGAGGAACAAGCAGUUUACCGACGCUCUCAAGGAGGGAGCAUUCGAUUUUAUGUUGUCACUUGCAGGGGAUGUCGCUGCCCCGGAAUGGCAAGACCCUUCUCGCAUUGGAAUCAGGCAAUGGCUCCAGCGAAAGUCACCACAACUGAUGACUGAUUCAACACCAUUCGCCGACUACUUCCACACGUGCUUGAUGAACCAGCUCGAAGAUUUUGUGGAUGCUUUUAUAUCAAACCUCCCCGAUGUUCUUCGGAAACUUAGGACCGAGGAGGACGAGCAACGGCAGCUCAGCCAGCACCAUGAACAAGACCUGGAUCUGGAAAGAUUCCUAGUCAUCAUCUCUUACGUCUUUGAAAGACGGCCUGACGCGGCUGAUGUUUUCUGGUCGGACUCUGAAAGCAACUUGGCAGGCUUCAUGCAGUGGGCAUCCAGGAGAGCAUCGACGCCGCUCGUAUGUGCUUUCUGCGAGAUGCUGCAGUCCAUCACUGAGAAUGAACAAUACGCACUUGCUGCCCACCAGUUUCUGUUGGAGGACAGCAAUGCAGGAGGGAAAAUGAGAAGAUCACAGUCUUUGACAUGGGCCCAGAUUUUCAAGGAGUUACACUACUUCACCAAGAAAAUCCGCGGUGAAAUCUCUAGCCCACAGCAAACUCACGAAUACCGAACGCAAAAGCCAGGCGAGGACCUAGCAGAAACGGAACCGGAGUCUGCUAUGCUGCUGGAGUGCUAUCUCAGAUUGAUCGCUAGACUUGGAAGUCAGAGCACAGCGGCAAGGGAGUUCCUACUCAGAAACCAAGACUUCCCCUUGGUUGAUGUCAUUUUGCAGCUGAACAGUUGCCACAUACCUCCUAGGCUACGUGCCUGUGGCUUUUAUGCCAUUGCAGCACUAGUCAGGCAUAAAGAACAAGAGGACAGCAAUACCAUGUGGAUUUGCAUAGACGCAUUUGUCAGCGGUGGCUUUCAAGCUGCGGGCAACUCGCGUGGGCUCAUCAAAGGACAAAGCCACAGCUCAGCCGGCAUUGUCGAUAGGGUAUUGGACGAGCUGAGCAACGGUUUCGAGGAGCCCAAUGCUUUCAUCAACCUGAUCAACGCUUUAGUCGCACCAGCAGACCAAGCAAGCCUUUUGCGAGAUGCCCUUCCUUUCCCUGAGACCCUUGGGUCUAGUCUACGAAUGCCGGGGAUUGAGCCAUACGUUGACUUUGUGGUGGGACAUGUCUUCAGCCUCAAAUCAAAAGAGCUCCAGGAUGUUUCGCAACUGAGGGUUCUGCGAGUGAGCUGUUUGGAGUUUAUCUUGCUGUGCCUGAACACGUUCAACGAAGAUCUUAUCAUCCUUGGUAAUGAGACCAAUGUCUCUGUGGACUCGAUCAUCGCCACAUCAGACCUGGCCACAUAUGUUCGCAUUCAUCCAUUCGCUCGGGUGAUGGAAUGGAUGUUCAACGGCCAGGUUGUGGAUGCCAUAUUUCAGACGAUACAUCAACAAUCAAGUGACAUUGGAAGCGUCUCGCCUGAUUCGCCCUUGAUAUUGGGCAUCAUACGAGCUGUGGAGGUGGUGUCAAAGGUCUUGGAACUUCAGGACACAUAUGUUGAUCUCGUGCGGCAAGUCAUAAAACAGCACACAGGACAACGCCAUAGGCAUGUGCCUCAUGCUUCCUACGCCUCAUUUGAAGAAGGGUUUGCUCAUCACCUCGAGGUCGUCGCAGAUCUCGGCCGAUAUUGCGGCCUCGGCCACCCAGAGCUCACCAUGGUUUGCUUAAAGCUUCUGGCAAGGAUUUCCACUUCAUCAAAGCUUAUAUCAGCCUGGAACACUGAACCAGGUAGACAGUCUCAUCGCAACAAGGCGGUAGUAGCUCUGGAGAAAGAUGGGGAAGCGGAUUCUAUUUCCGGCUCCCUCAUUGCCGAGCUCAUAGUGCCUCUCGACCUGGCUCGAGAGGCGGACUCUCCAAACUACCUGAUCAAAACUUAUAUUCUAGACUUCCUCUACGCAUGUUUACGAGCAUCUCCGGACAAACCAACAAUUGCCCAUCUUCUUCUCGGCUUCAAGUGUGGCGUGAGCCAUUUGAAAGUCGAGCCCAGAGGCCAAUUCGAGGAAAGGACAUCACUGUUUCACAAUCUUCUCAGGGUGUUGCUGGAGACACCUUUUGGGGACGAGGAGCUAGGAAUGAGAACAUGGCUUGUGUCGUUAAAGCGCAAAGUUAUGGGGAUACUCCAGAUUCUUUGGAGUUCCCCACUCUCCUCGGCCAUUGUCUUGGAAGAACUCCGGAGCAACGACGUACUGUUCCAUAUUCUUCUGCGUGAAGAGUCAAUACAGCCUGAUCUAGUGUGGGAUGGGGUGAAUAUGGAGGAACGCGGAUUCCUACUCUCUGACGCAGCCGUGGGCUUUUCGGAAUUCUUGGCUGCGAGACAACUUAGCUUCGAUUAUCUGGCCAUCGAAUUAUGCAGCGUCACCCAGAGGCGUCUCCCCAGCUUGAAACGCCGCAUAUAUGACGCCCUCAAUGGACAGGUCACCACUGCCAAUUCGGACAGCCCUCAACCCAUACCAACCAUCUUCGAUUUGUACGAUUUUAUGCCUGUGGACGGGCAAUGGGAGAUCCCCAUGCCUGAUUUCCUCUAUUUCAAAGGCGAAGAAUUCAAUAUGUGCCUGGAAGGAGGGCAUGACUCUGUGUCCGUAUACAACAUGGAGCGGGUCAAACAGGUGAUUGCGUUGAAGAGGAGGCAGGAUGCUCAUGCUGGGCAUUUAGCCACGGCUACCGACCUUGCUUCCGUGGACCGGGAACAGGUUCUUCUUGAGGAAUACCUGGUGUACCAUAACCGCAGAGCGGUAGUCAAUUCUGAGCGAAGGAAGGUGCUCAAAGCUUGGGUCAACCUGCUCAUGGUGAUGUUUGAGGCCAGCGAUCACCAGGGCUCGGCGAAGGUUGCUUUCCUUUUACAAGCCUUACAGACGAUAUUACCAACUCUCGAGUCUUUCGGAUCCGAACGUCCGGGUGAGGCAUUUGAGUUGGCGAAACUGGCCAAGGUUCUCCUCUUCAAACUCGACAUAGCCGCUCCAGACGCAGGGGACAAGGACGCACAUACCGUGGGCAACCUCAUCAGCGAGAAGCUCUUCCAGUUGUUUGAGGUUUGCCUGUACGCCAUAGGCAGGCGAACGGGCAGUGCGGAACUUCGAUCCACCUACUAUGCCAUCUGUUAUCGAUAUCUGACAGGAAUAAUUGACGAUGGGAGAGACUUCGUGCCUGGCCGGAGAAAGGCGAUCAAGGCUGUGCAGGUCUACGGCGAGCGCCUGCUGACUAUCGUAUGCGACGAUGCGUUUGGCGGCGAUGCAAUCUGCCAAACCUCUGCGUUGAUUUUGCUAGGUGCCUUGACGAAUCUGGGAAGACGAGAAAACGACAGUCAAGUAGUGGAGGCUCUCAAUCGCCUGAACUUUAUUGGGGUGCUCGUUGACUCUUUGAAGACAAUCAUGGAUGAUGUGGCUGCUGCCCGUGAAGCAGGAAACUCGGAGCAGCAAGAAGCUUAUUCGCAGGCAAAGUUGGCGCUCCUCCUUCAGCUCUGCCAAACCCGCGAUGGAGCAAAGCAUGUGCUGCAGGCUAAUCUCCUGCGCGCAAUCGAGCUCUCUGGACUUUUCAAGGCAGACCCAGAGCUCCAGAUUGACCGGAGCGAUACCAAAGCCUUGGCAGACCAUUAUGACCUCCUAAUAAGGGUGAUGCGUGUCAUCGGUGCGGCAAUACUGAGUCGCGGGGCUCACAACGUCCCGCAAGGUCGCCGGUUCCUGACUGAGCACCGCAUGCUUGUAAUGCACGUCCUCAAGCGGUCUGCCGGCAUCGCAGCUGUCGACCAGAAGCUGGAGGAGCUGGUCGUUGGACUUGCGGAUUCCUUCAUGGUGCUGAUUACUGCCACAGAGUUCUUGGAGUUUGAGGAUACUCAAGGACGGGGUCCGCAGCAACAGAAGAGGAAUGGCCCACUACUGUUUCAUUGA